AUGCUCACAGCGCAUAAAGCACUUACUAAAGUCCCAAAGAAAGCCCCCACAAUAGUAAAAAAUGGAUUUGUGACAGCUGAUAUUGUGAUUGUGCUCAAUUGAGAUUUAUCCCCUCACUCAGCAAAAAACACAAGUGCAAUGGUUUUCCAAAAUGUCCCUAAUCAUGAAUGCUGAUUUAGCAACAAACUUUCUCUGAUUUCUUCAUUUUCUGUCUCCACUUCAUAUUUCGUAAAAGCUUCCCAAAAAUAA